GCAAGCAAUGGUCAACGAUGAAGCCAAAUCAUCAGAUGUCUUCUCGGUCUUCCCAAGAUUUCUGGACACACCAGGACUGAUAGAACAAGAUUUCAGACUUCUGUUUGGUGAGGCCACAGCCAACAAAUUCUUGGAGAAGUGGCCAACCACUUUCAAAGCAAAAGUAAUAAAGGAAAGCCAUGGACUUGUAUCCACCACAGAACUCUUGGAUUUGAUGCGCAAUGCUGAGUCAGCUGCUGAAGUUGAGAAUGGCUGGGACAGUGACAUGUCUGCCAUCUUGCUGCUGCUACAUUUGCUACCACCAUCUGCACAAGGUAGAAAGAGGCCGGGAAAGAUGUCUGCAUAUCAAGCUGUAGAUCAGCUCAUCAGAUUUCAAAAGGUUGGAACCAGUGUGCAGCAGCAUCUUGACAACAUCACCCAAAGCAGUCAGCCCUACCUUCUCGCCCAGGGAUCCACACAGAGCAGCAUUCACUCCUACUUCAUUGUGGUUGACAAGCAUGCUCUUCCAUGCAAGGCAACAGGUUCAGUAGGAGCUUUUGACAAAGUCUUUAAAGCCCAUUACGUAUUUGGUACGUCAUACAGUUCUUCCUUGAGCAGCUUUUUCACUUUUGUGCAAACAACCAUCUAUAACAUCGACAUGGGGGGAAACAAAGGAGACUCCUAG